AUGAAUUUCGCCCCUAGUGAAAACAGAUUAGACCCAGUACCAAUUAAACUCGAGGAAGAUAUCGAAUAUCCGGAAGACGACGAACAAUACUACGGUUACGUGCCAGUCGAGGUGGAACGACACUCAGACGCGCCGGCUUUCGCGCCUUCCUCACCCACAAACUUGAUGGAUCUGAGCAACGGCUCAGAGCGACCCACAAUGCAUCAUUGGCCUUCAAAUGUCGUAUACGACGCCGAGGAACGAGAAUACCAGCAAGCAACGUAUCCUACUUAUGAACCCCAAUUUCUGGACCACCGGCAGAGACCAGUACAUAGAAACUAUUACUUCGACGAUUCCAAUUCACAAGAUAGAGUAUCCAACUUCUAUGAUUCAAGUGAAAUGCCAAAAAUGACUGAAGUUGGAUACAGAGUCGAGGAGAGGAGAGACGAGACCGAGGAACAAAGAAGAUCACGAUCAAAACGAUCGAAGGUAUCGAGGAAGAAAACACAAUCGUUUGAAGAGAUGCAGAUUCAACGAGUGAUGGCUAAUGUGAGGGAACGCCAGCGUACCCAAAGCCUAAACGAGGCAUUCGCAAGUUUACGGCAGAUCAUUCCCUCGUUGCCGAGUGACAAGCUGUCCAAGAUACAAACACUCCAGCUUGCGACGCAGUACAUUGAGUUUUUGUAUCAAAUUCUAUCAAAUGGUGAUUCGGCGGGAAAUAGCGAUAGUAAUAGUGACUCGGGAAGUGAACACGGUAAAUAUCUCGCUCAAGAUAAAUUAAGUUACGCAUUUUCAGUAUGGAGAAUGGAAGGAGAGUGGACAACAAAUGGACAAACAUGA